AUGGGUAAAGCUGGUAAAGGCACGGGAUCUUUUGGUUUGCGCCAGGGUAAAUCUCACUUUCUGUGCAACCGUUGUGGCCGGAGAGCUUUCCAUGUGCAGAAAAAGAGAUGCGCUUCUUGUGGGUAUCCUGACAAGAAGAUGAGACGCUACAAUUGGUCUCUCAAAUCAAUUAGACGUCACCACCAGGGAACUGGAAGACUAAGACAUAUGAAAACAAUGCCACGCCGUGCCAAAAAUGGCUUCAGGAGUGGCACAACUCCUCAACCUCAAAAAUCGUAA